GAGCUCCCUUCGCUUUUUGUAACCACUUCACUAUCUGCUCCUCUAACGGCUCGCAGAGCGCUGCACGCGACACACCGAGAGGACCGGACCGGACCGGACCGGACCAUACCUACCGGACCAGACCUACCGGUGUCAGCUCAGGAGACACAGCCAGCGGACUAAUGAACUCUGAUUAAUAUGUUGGAGAAGCAGUAAGUUACUGUCCCGCGGAUCCGGAUCACUGGUCUUGAAGUGGCAGUUUGAUUACCGGAGCUUUCUACCAGAAGGGACUCAUUGGGAUGUAUAUCUGUCUUGGAGCAGCAUGUAGGGGACAUUCUCAUCCUGGACACCUUGAACCCUGACCAGCUGCUGGGACACUUUUUUUUUUUUUAAAGUCUGGUGGAGUUUAGAAAGUCACUAAUAGAAGGAUCCUCUACUUAUUCUGUGUUUUAAACUCUGUUGGCACUCAAUGACAGCCCACCAGAAGUCUUUAUUUGUUCUAUUCUGUAACUAAUCCAAUAAGACUCUUCAUAAUAAGACAAUAAGUCUUGUGUAAAAACAGCUUGUGGUCAUUUGGAUUAUGUGAUCUUGAGCUCAUGAAGAGUUGCCAUCCUUAUUCAUGUGCUGUUCACAUUAUUCUGUCCAGCAGCUGAAGCUCCACUGUGUCUCAGUGUGUGUGUUUGUGUGUGUGUAUCAGUGUGGGUUAUUCACAGUGCUGCUAUGCAGACUGACUGGAGCCACGCUCAGACAGCUCCACUGUAACCCCAGUUCUGAGGCACACAGGCCUGGACGGCUCACACAAGAAAAGAAGCCUUCACAGAACGAGGGGAAAGCUACUACCCUGCAAAGUCUCCCUGGAUCCAGAGGGAACGACUUGUGCUUGAACAGCAGAUGUUACACAGCUUUGUGUACUAAUGUGGAUUAUUCAGGAUGCUGCUAUGCAGACAGAGUGGAGCCACAGAAAGUCUGCUGGUGAAGUUAGAGUAACACACACGGCUGUGCAGCUUCUGUCAGUGCAGUUGGACAGCUUGUGUUACACUGUUGGCAGCUGAAGGUUCGUCAGGAAGGUAGUUUUGUGUGUGUAUUAUUGAACAAAACUCAUUAAGUAUGUGUACAUUAUGAAUUGGGAACUUUCACAUAGACUGGGACCAAAAGUUGUGUCUGAAACACAGAAGUCCCCUUUGACUUUUUGAUAGUAAAGAAACCAGCAGGUGACAGAUUUGAAAGAUGACACAGUGAGUGAAACUUGAAACAUUUAAUUUUUUGAAGGCUUCGCAUUCGAUGCACGUAGUUCAGCUUCACUUGCACUUUGCAUAGUUGAAAUUAGAUUUGUAGUUCACUUCACCAGCUUGUUGGUUACACUAAUUGUCCGAAAAUGAAGAACCCUCAUUCACUGAGUGACACCUGGAAUACACCCAUCAACAAAGACCCGGUAAUUAUCACGGUGCCCAGCACUAACAAGAAGUUCAAGAGGAAGUCUCGGGAGCCUAAAAGGCUUUUCAGCGAACCUGAUUCUGAGAGGAUGUCGAACGUGGACUCGGUAGAUGACACCCAGACAGAGGCAUGUGAUGUCAGCAGGUUGGCUCCGCUGCAUAGACAACUGAUGAUGUCACAGGAGGGGAUGGCCAGCAGCACUACGGGGAUUCUAUCAGGACUACCAGAAGGCAACGUGGCCCCGGCUCAGAGCGGCGCCAUAGACAUGAGAAUCGGCAUCAACGUGCCCUCCAUCACGUCCAGACUGUCCCAGUUACCUACCUCUCCGUUCUCAAACUCUGAAAUCUCCCACUGGCCCACGGCCAUCUCCCAGCCUCUGUCCAACAGACUCAAACUGGGCCACCGCUCCUCUUUCCCUCUGUCGACAUCGACCAGCCACAGCAGCCACAGCCAUUCGCCCAGCCACCAGACCUUCUCCCUGGAGCCCCCUCUGUCGGGUCAGACCGCAGCGCUCUCCAUCCAGAGAGCCCCCCAGUGUCACGAGCUCCUGGAGCCUGAGGACCAGUCACCAGAGGAUUCUCCCAGGAAACGGAUGAGUGAUGGCGGACCUGGGCGUCACCCAGAGGUCAAAGCCAUCCAGCAGACCAGGAGGCUUCUAGCCAACGCCAGAGAGAGGACCCGCGUCCACACCAUCAGUGCUGCGUUUGAGGCCCUGAGGAAGCAGGUGCCGUGUUACUCCUACGGGCAGAAACUAUCCAAGCUGGCGAUAUUACGUAUAGCCUGCAACUACAUACUGUCUCUGGCUCAGUUGGCUGAGCUGGACUACAGUCCGGACCACAACACUUUGAGCUUCUCUCAGUGUGUGGAGCAGUGCACCAGGACCCUGCAGGCCGAGGGUAGGAGCAAGAAGAGGAAGGAGUGAAGCUGGGUCCGACACAUGAACCUCUGAUGAAGCUACGAGGAUGCAGUAUACUGGGAGGACAAAUGACGAGAUGAGGAUCAGAGAAAAGAUGAAGAUGAAGUGGAUAAUUGGAAGCGUGAACUAGAUGAAUUAUACUUUUUUUUUUUGUCAUGAGUUGCUCUCACCACUCAUUAGUAUCUAGCAUCAAUACUUACCUGAGGUGGAAUUGUGAAAGUUUAAGGCCCACGACCAACAACAACAGCAACAACAACGAAAAAAGACAGAGAUGCAAAGUGACGUAGGGACUUUAAAGGAUCAGCCCGCGGAAUCCAUCAGCAAUAACCUCCACUCAACUAUGAGCUACACACAUGUAUUGGAGAAACUACUGGCUUGUUAAGUAGGGGAGAGCCGGUACGAAAG